CAAGCGCUCUGCUUUGUUCUCCUCUUUUCAUGCAUUGAGGUCACACCUGUGUCUUUUCUUUCGGGGGAGGCGUUAAGGAAAGCCCGCCGUGCGUCGUGGUGCGUCUUUGCGCAUUAUUUCUGGAUCUUUAAAAAAAGUGAUUUAUUUUGCCGGACUAAUAUGAAGUGUUUUUGGCGUGUGGAGGAGAAGAGAGGCAGCAUUUCGCAGCCCUGGUCUCUCUGUGAAAAAAUCAGCUGCUGGUGAUCUGCGUGAAGCCACUGAAUGAAUCUGUGCUGUCUGAAAGAGAAAAAAGGGUUUUCUCCCCCUGAUUCUCCUCCGUCGAUGACAAUGUGUCAAGUCCAUCCACCACACAGGAUCCCAUUGAUUUGCAAUGGUUUUUCUUUUUUUCUUUUCCAGGAUUGAUUUUUUUUUGGGGGGGGGAUUCACAGUGAAGGUCAAUGGAUAUAUUUCACGGUCCCUUUUUAGCACCAAAUAACGCCAGUGCGCCUGGCAUGCUUGUGUGCUUGUUUGUGUGUGAUUGAGUGUUUACUCCCUUUCCCCUUUCCCUGCUCUGAAAACUCAUCCCCUGAUUUUCCUUUCUUUUUUUUCAUCCAAGGCUCACGCUGCAAAGUUAAAUGCUGGAUCUAUAUUCCAGCGACCAUUUUUGGCUGUAAAAAUGCUGAGCGGCGUCCUCUUACUGAGCUUCCUCACGGUCACCAGCCUUUCACCGUCUGAAACAGAGAGCCGCAAAACUUCAGCCUACAAAGAGAUCUGCAAGACCCGCUGCGCCUGUGAGGAGCGGGAGAACAUUUUGAACAUCAACUGUGAGAAUAAAGGAUUUACAACAGUCAGCCAGUUCCAGGCACCCCCAAAUAAAUUCUCUCAGCUUUUUCUAAAUGGAAACUUCCUGUCACGGAUCAGCGCCAAUGAGUUUGUUAAUUAUGGCAACGUCACCUCACUGCAUCUGGGGAAUAACGGCUUGCAGGAGAUCCGAACCGGUGCUUUCAACGGGCUGCGCUUCCUGAAGCGGCUCCACUUGAACAACAACAACCUGGAGGUGAUUAAAGAGGACACCUUUGCAGGACUGGAGAAUUUGGAGUAUUUACAGGUAGACUAUAAUUAUAUCAGCGCCAUAGAGCAAGGUGCGUUUAGUAAGCUGAAUAAGCUCAAAGUGUUGAUCCUAAAUGACAACCUGCUGUUGUCUUUGCCUCCCAACAUUUUCCGCUUUGUGCUCCUCACCCACUUGGAUUUACGCGGCAACCGGCUCAAGAUAUUGCCGUUUGCCGGGGUUUUAGAGCACAUAGGCGGCAUCAUGGAGAUUCAGCUGGAGGAGAAUCCGUGGAAUUGCACCUGUGAUCUGAUUUCGCUUAAAUCCUGGUUGGAUACUAUUUCUGUCUUCGUGGGGGACAUCGUGUGUGAGACGCCGUUCAGGCUGCAUGGUAAAGACAUCACGCAGCUCAUAAAGCAGGAUCUGUGCCCUCGCAGGAAUGCUGGGGAGCGCGUUCACCCUGCCUCCGACUCUCACUUUCAAGGGGCCCUCCCUGCAACCUACCACCCUGGCUUGAUCACCCCCACCCGUGCCCCCAAAGCUUCCCGCCCGCCCAAAAUGCGCUACAGGACCACCCCACGCAUAACAAAGGACAAACAUGUCUUUGGGCCUAUAAUGGUUUACCAGACACGCUCCCCUGUGCCAAUGAUAUGUCCCACUGUGUGCGUGUGCACGUCACAAAACCCUGACAGCGGAUUGAACAUCAAUUGCCAAGAGCGAAAGUUGCACAACAUCAGUGAGCUGAACCCCAAGCCCUCCUACCCAAAGAAACUGCACCUGACCGGUAACUACCUACAAGUGAUUUACACAACUGAUCUCACUGAGUACAGUUCACUGGAGCUGCUUCAUUUAGGAAAUAAUAGGAUAGCAGUCAUUCAGGAAGGUGCAUUCGAGGAUCUAACCAACCUUAGACGGCUCUAUUUGAAUGGGAAUUACAUUGAAUCACUUACUCAAUCCCUCUUCGCUGGCCUGCAGUCACUCCAUUAUCUGUAUUUGGAAUAUAACAUCAUUAAAGACAUUUUACCGCAAACAUUUAACUCUCUGCAUAACCUUCAGCUGCUUUUUCUGAACAACAACCUGUUAAGAUCGCUCCCUGACAAUGUUUUCGGGGGAACCAUGCUAACGCGACUUAACUUGAGGAAUAACCAUUUCUCCUACCUUGCCGUUCGAGGGGUCCUAGACCAGCUUUCAGCAUUUAUCCAGAUCGACCUGCAGGAGAACCCCUGGGACUGCACCUGUGAUAUUGUUGCACUCAAGAACUGGAUGGAGAUGUCCAGUACCAGCGUAGUGGUUAACGAAAUCACGUGUGAUUCGCCCUCUAAACAUGCAGGUCGCCUGCUGCGCUCACUUCGCAAUGAGGCCAUCUGCCCUGAUCCCAGUGAGGUGCCCCCGCCACAACUUGCACCCCCUACGAAAGCCCCCACCUUAAUAAGCCCUGGCACCGAAGCCACCACACCUUCCUCUUCUUCGCUUAGCUCAGUUAGCCCCACUGAAUCCCGAAUCCACACUCCCGAGUUACACCCUGAGGUCCCACUUUCGGUCCUGAUUCUUGGACUUCUCGUUGUUUUCAUCCUGUCGGUCUGCUUUGGUGCAGGCCUCUUUGUUUUUGUUCUGAAACGGCGCAAAGGAAUGGAACAUGUCCCCACAGGUGCUAACAACUUAGAUCUAAACUCUUUCCAAGUGCAAUAUGGCUCCUACACUCCUGAACCAACCCAAGAUAAAACCACUGAAAGUCACAUUUAUAACUAUAUCCCUCCACCUGUGGGCUCUAUGUGCCCAAACCCUAUUUACAUGCAGAAGGAUGGCGAACAGGUGGCGUAUUAUCGUAACUUGAAGGAGCUCAGUUUUGGGCUCCUCGACGCAAAGAAGGAUGUCCUAAGCUGCAGCCCAGGAGCCUACACCAUCAGCACAAUGGAUUUUAUGGAUACAUCUCCAACAUCAUGUAGUUUAACCACCUCAGAACCUCCUGAGAUGUUGUAUCAAAAUCUAGGGGAGAGGCCCCACAAAGAGCUUCCCAUGGCUGCAGGUGGCCCUUUCCAUUACAACUUUUGCACUUUACCUAAGAGACCUUGCAUCGUGCCCCCCUAUGAGGCCGCUACAGCCCAGCGACACAUUACCAACCAGGAAAGGUUGAACAAAACUGUACUGUACGGGACCCCCAGGAAAUACUACGGGGUUGAACACCCUUCGAAAAACAAUGAGCACCCGCUUCUGCUCCCUGGGAAGCUAAAAACAGAACCAGACUACCUGGAGGUUCUGGAGAAACAGACAGCAAUGAGUCAACUGUAAGAUUGUGCCCCCCCAUCUACCGCCCGUCCCCUGCCCAUCCCACCUCCCACAGGUUAUGUGCAGCAUUCAUAAUAAUCAUGCAGUUACUGUAAUAUUAGCCCUCUCUCUAUAUAUAUCUUAUCUAUGUGUUCAAACCUACAUGAUUAACUGGAGGUGAACCGAAUCCUUCGGUGAUCGUUUUUCUCUUUUCCUUUUCUUCUCGUUCUUUCUUAUCAAGAUGUAUAAAAGGAGUAUAAGAAGUAUAUUAUUCUGCAGUUAUAUUUUUCUCCUGGAAGGUAUACAUUAUUUCUUCUUUUUUUUAAAAUGAGAUUCUAAAAGACUUUGAUUGAGACAGGUAUAGAAUAGGGAGGACUGUGUACAAUUACAGCUUUGUGCUUUUCAUGAAUCUGUAUUUAAUUUUCCCUGUAAAAAACGAAAAUGUAUGAAAUCACUAUUCUUUGUAUAAGAGUACAUGCUACAGAUUAACAUUCCUGUACAUACUUAGCAUACACAGAUAAAUGAUGAGUGUUUAACCAUAAAAGAAACCUUUUCAAAAUCCAACAAGCGGCUAAAUCUAACCAUACCUACUCCAGAAAGUGCCUUUGCACUCAACUAUUUUAUCAAUACUGCUCCCUGCAAAAUAGAAAAUGCUCUUUUUUUGGAAAGUGCUGUAUUUUAAAGAAUCAAAUCUUUAUGUAAAAUAUUUUAAAAAGAGAAAAAAAGAACUUGACUGCAUCUAAAAUGAUAUUUGAUUUCUUGAUGGGGAGAAUCAUGUUAUUUUGCUUGGAAUAUUAAGUGUCUUUUGAGAUGUACAAUUUAUCGAUAAUAUUGUAUGCUAUAGGGAAGCAAUCCAGCGCGUUGAAAUUGCGCCAUUAAACUUUCACUGAAGCACUUUGUCAACA